AUAAAGUUCCCACUUCCCAACCACCGUUCUACGCUAUCCGACCAUUGAGCUGCACUUACAGACAUGACAUCUUAUCUCUGCCCUGGGAACUCAUCCUAUUCUACAAAGUUCUGCUGGAUACACACCUAUUUUGGUCAAUUGCAGAAAGCCGUGUUGUCUUUCUAUAGUACUCGCCCAAGAAAAAGGUGCAAUGUUAAGCUUUCCUUUCUGCUUAGAACAACUUAUUCUGCGUCCGAUGUUCUGACACAUGUCACUUCCGAUGUGCUGAACGAAGCUACAUCAGAAUGGUCUAGAAAUAUGGGAAACUGCUUAAAAAGUGAUUUGAGCUGUAUUAAUGAUCUCGAAGAGCAAUUGCAUGAUCUCUUUAAUGAAGUAAAUAUCAUGAUAAAGUCAGGAAAGAGAAAUGAUGCUGUUGAUCUACUUCAAGCAAAUUAUGAAGCGAUUAAAGAACAGAUAGAUUGUGGUUUUAGAGGAAUAGAAGAGGCAGCUGUUCUUGACAUAAUAGCAUUGGGCCACAUGGCCCUUGGUGACCUAAACACCGUUGGAUCCAUACUGCAUCUGUUGAGCGGGAUCGUUGAAGAUUUGAAUGAUGAUGUACCUCUGUUAGACUCAAUACUGAUGCAUAUGGGAAGCAUAUAUGAUAAAUUAGGGAAAUUUGAAAUGUCAUUAUCAUCAUACAGAAGAGCACUAGCAAUAACGGAAAGAAGAUAUGGGGAAACAAAUUUUUUCAUCAUCGUUCCAUUGUUAGGAAUGGCAAAAGCUCUUGGCUCUGUAGGUAGGGCUAGAAAAGCUAUAGAAACAUACCAUCGUGCAAUCUCAAUAUUGGAAUCUAGCCAGGGCACUGAAAGUGAAGAACUAGUGGUGCCUUUAUUUGCUUUAGGCAACCUUUUACUGGAGGAAAGAAGAGCAGCAGAUGCUGAAACUGCGUUUCAAAGAGUCAUAAGUAUCUACAAGAAUUUGUAUGGUGAAAAUGAUAUAAAAGUAGGAUUGGCUUUGUGUUCUCUUGCAAGUGCAAAAUUUAGGAAAGGAAUUAUGGAUGAAGCCAUUGAUAUAUACAGAAAGGCUCUUCAGGUGCUCAAAGAUUAUGAACACGCAGUAGACGACAAAGUUAUGGAGAAGAUACGAACAGACAUGGCAGAGUUACUUCAUUUAGUAGGAAGGGAGGAUGAAGGCCGUUCCCUUUUAGAGGAAUGCUUGCUGAUCACUGAAAAAUAUAAAGGGAAAGACCACCCAACCUAUGUAACCCAUCUUGUAAAUCUGGCCACAUCUUAUUAUCGGUCCAAAAAUUAUGUUGAAGCAGAGAAGUUGCUGCGCAUUAGUUUGCAGAUUAUGCUGAAGGCCCUGCCACCUGAUGAUCAGGCUGUUAGCUUUCCAUUGCUGCAUCUUGCGAUCACUCUCUACAAUCUAAACCAAGUUGAGGAAGCCGAGAAGUAUGCACUUGAGGCUUUACAUAUUCGCGAGAAGGCAUUUGGAAAAGACUCUCUCCCCGUUGGGGAGGCUCUUGACUGUCUAGUUUCCAUUCAGAAAAAACAAGAAAAAGAUGACGAUAAGUUGUUAGAACAUCUCAAGAGAAUUUUGAGGAUUCAAGAGAAAGCUUUUGGCAGCGACAGUGAACAGGUCAUGGAAAUGCUUAAAAAGGUUGUACACUACAUGACAAGAUUAGGGUUGAAACACGAGAAACUCCCUCUGGAAAGAAGAUUGACCCAUCUUAGAGAAAAGUACAAGCUUGCUGUCAAAUAUGAAGGGUAUGUUUAGAUCCUGCAUAAUGAAUAUGCAAAAGAAAAACAAACGCUAAGGGAAGUUGUUUUAUAAAUUUUGGGUUUACCUUGUAAAAUUUUAUUGAAAAAAAUCUAAUUAACAUUUUACAUUUUAUUACACACAUAAGAUUCUUUAGUUUCUGUUUAUUAAUAGAAAUAAAUAAAUGGAACAAGUUCCAACAAAUAUUCUAAAAUCUUAUAGGGAGUACAAUUUAUCUAAGUUUGAGAUAUUAAUCAUAUUAGUUCUAUUUCUUCCGAAAUUUGUUCCCUUCUUUCUUUGCCAAGUAUUUCCGAGAUUGAAGUGGGACCUGAAGGUUACACCCCCCAUGUAGAUAUGUGGCCAUCGUAGUACCAAAAUGCACCUAGAUCUUGCACGAAUAAGAAAUGGAACUGCUGAUAUAUAUUGGUAAAAGCCUUUUUAAAUUCUUUUUUUUCUGCUUUAUUAUGUUUAUCUGUGUGAAGGGCUGUCCCGGCGCAGCUGGCAUUGCCUCUAUCCAUCUGUUAUGAUGCAAAUCUUGAAAUAAAUAUGAUAUGCUUCUUUUUAAUAGGGUCUUCAUUUUCUUUGUAUGGUUUGCACCUUUUUUAUUAUGGUUCUAUUCAUGAAGCAGCUUUGAUGGUUUACACAGAUCUCUGCCAGAAGUUAGUAACUCUCUUCAGGAUCAGAGUUGAGACUUGUCUUUCACUAUGGCAACAAAAUGUUAGCCAGCAAUGGCACUUUCUAAUGUUAGAGAAUUGGUAGGAUGAAAAAGUAGAAUGCUCUGCGGUUUUCCUGUAGUCCAAGGAAUUUUGCUGAGUUCUGUUUAUGAUAGCCAACUUUGUGAGCUGGUAGAUGUCACAUUUCUUUUUAUUGUAUACUUGUAUUUAGAGCCCAAAGAACAAAAAACAUUUUUAGUGUUGCAACCAUAUAAUUUGAGAGAAAAGAGGCAAAUAAGCUGUCGAACUUUUGCCGUUCUGCAAUUAGGCCCAUCAACUGGGCCCAUCAACUGGAACACUUGCA